UUUUCUCGAGGAUUGAUCGCAAAGAAGUUCGACUUUUUGUUUUUUGCUGGGAGUGUACAAACAAAUAGUGGAAAAAGAAGGUCCCCCUCGUUGAGAUAGGUUAUUCGUGAUAGUGCAUCGACGCGAGAUAACGUAUCAAGGUCAGAGAACUUCGAGCGCAUCGGGUAACGGAUGUAGCGUGGCGUAGUAGACACAGCGUCGAUCGGAUCGAGAUAAGCAAGUGGAAUUGAGAGCACAACCAACGGAAGCUGAUUUGGCAAAAUGGCCGGUGAGGCAUCACAACUACAACAACAACAGCAGCAGCAGCAACAGCUACUGCAGGAGCUAACCGAUAGUUUAGAGUGUCAGAUCUGUUUGAAGACGACGGACGAUCCGCAUCUCUGUCCGAAGUGUUCCAAGUUUUUCUGCUACGGGUGUAUUCGGGAUUGGUUGCUAAAGUCCGGCAAGGAAGCGUGUCCCAACUGCUUGGGCACGGUUAGCUUGGCGGAGUUUGUGAAGUUCCGCUGGGGGAAUAGUAUCGAAUCGUUGCGGAAUUUGGUGACGAAGCCCUUGGGGCAUGCGAACGCCCAUAAAGUUAACCUGAAGGAUGAGCUGCACAUCGCACAGGGCGCAUUUUCAGCUGCUUCCGAAAGGAUCAACCGAACCCUGGAUGGAAGACGAGAUGCGCUGAAGAAGUCGAAAGAUGGAGUCAUAAAAUCGAUCAACAUUUUGGUGCAGCAGGAAUUCAGGGAUGUAAAUCAGCAAUACAAUGGCAAGCUGGCAGAAGUGGACGCAUGGAGCGACAUUCUGGCCAAGGAGUUGAACAAGCUGGAGAUUUCGUUGUAUGCCUUACAGGAUAGCAUUUCCAAGGAUCCGGCUCUGGAACCGGAACAGCAGCAACUGCAGACGCAGUGCCAUGUUCUGAAGAAAAAGCUGGACCUUCUAGCUCCGAACGUUCCGGAGCAUAAGUUCUACUGCAAGUUGUUGCCAGCGCCGGUCGUGUGGCGAUUCACGGUGAGAAAUUUCCACCAAGCACGCAUGGGCAAUCAGGUGCAGUACUCGGAUCUGGUGCGGGAUGAUUUGGGCAACACAUGGCGGUUGGAGAUUCACCCGAACGGGUUCGACGAUGCCAGGAACAAGAGCGUCAGCGUGUUUAUGCAGCUGUACGAAGGGGUGGAAGGAAGAUACCACUUCACCAUCGAACUGCCACAUCGCGUCACACCGCAUUUCUACGAAGACGAAGACUACUUCCAGCUGCGCAAGGGCUGGGGCCAGAACCAUUUCGUGGACCAGAAGCUGCUGCUGGACGAGUUCGUUGAGAACGACUGCUUCGAGAUACGAUUCUCGGUUCGGUCACCGCACCUGAUCGAAAAGUACGACUGUUUGCGGAAGUAUGCGGAUAAGCUGGAACGUUACAAUUCUGCUUUGAGGGAGGAAUGUUCCGUUGAUUGCAUCAACGAGAUUUGCUGCAUUCGAAACGUCACCGAGGCCUGCAACAACUAUAGUUGCUUGUACUCGGAUACUCUCCGAGAUGACCUUGGUGGAAUGUGGAGACUUCAGGUCUUCCCCGGAGGCAACGGAGAUGUCAAAGGCAUAUUUGCUUGCAUAUUCCUGGAACUCGUGGAAGGAAUUCCCAACAUAUACGAAUUCUCCGUGGACCUCAUCAACGAAUCCCCCAAAAAAUGCAUCAAGAAAUCCCUCGAGCACAACUUCCAACCGUGGAUGCCCUUCGGGUGGAAGAACUUCGUCUCCCGCGAAGAGCUCCUGGACGGCGGUUUCCUCAAAAAGGACGCUCUGAUGAUCCGUCUGGCCAUCCGACCGCCCACCGUCGGGCACAAAUUCAACUACCUCCGGCAGUAUCACGACAAAACAAUCAGGGACCUAACACAGGCCAACACCAAACCACCAUCAUCCCCAUCGUCAUCGCUCCUAAGCUCGAAAACGUUCGAAGCUCCGAUGAGCUUCAUCAGGAAGAUGCUUCCCAGAGCUCCCAGCCAAGAGCAAGGAUCCUCCACCUCCUCCAGUGAACCCAAAUGAGAUCACUUCUCCUCACCACCAACCAUGGUGUUUCAUGAUUGACCCCCCAGAAAUUGCAAAGAAAACACACUCUCAUUGUAGAGCUGUCAAACUG